AUGUCACAAGUAAAAAGAUCUAACGAGAACCGCGAAGCUACAAGGUUCAUCAAAAAGCAUAAAAAACAGAUUACAAACCCCAUUGAUGAAAAAGAUGGGACUUCUAACUGUAUAGUGCGUGUUCCCAUCGCUCUUUAUGUCUCUUUGGCACCAAUGUAUCUAGAGAAUCCUUUGCAAGGGAUCAUGAAACAACACCUAAACCCAUUAGUAAUGAAAUAUAAUAACAAAGUUGGAGGUGUUGUGUUAGGUUACGAAGGUUUGAAGAUUCUUGACGCCGAUCCUUUAAACGAAGAAAAUCAGUCUGAAAAAUUGAUAAAAAUUACGCCUGACACCCCCUUCGGUUUCACUUGGUGCCACGUGAAUCUAUACGUUUGGCAACCACAAGUUGGAGACGUUUUGGAAGGUUACAUUUUCAUUCAAUCCGCUUCACAUAUCGGUCUUUUGAUUCACGACGCAUUCAACGCUAGUAUCAAGAAGAAUAACAUUCCAACAGAUUGGACUUUUGUUCAUAACGAGGUUGAAGAAGAUGCCGACGUGGUAAACAUGGACGAAGAUGAUAGAUCUCAUAAUAACGAAGAAAGCAAAGAUAACAACGGCGGAAACAAUAGUCUGGGCAAGUUUUCUUUUGCUAACAGAUCUUUAGGCCACUGGGUGGAUUCUAAUGGUGAACCUGUUGAUGGUAAAUUGAGGUUCACAGUGAGAAACGUUUACACUACAGGUAGAGUUGUUUCUGUGGACGGUACCUUAAUAAGUGAUAUUGACGAAGAAGGCAACGGCUACAACAGUUCUCGUUCCCAAGCUGAAAGUCUACCUAUAGUGUCAAACAAAAAGAUUGUAUUCGACGACGAAGUUUCUAUCGAGAAUAAGGAAAGUCAUAAAGAACUAGAACUACCAGAAGUGAAAGAAGACAAUGGUUCUGAAAUCGUAUAUGAAGAAAACACCAGCGAAAGCGAUGAUGAUGAAUCAAGCGAUAGUGAUUAA